AUGGCGGAGGCUGUGGAGGGGAACCUGGAGGACGGAGAUUUCCGCCUCCUCAUGGACUACAUGCACGGCUUCAUGGUCUCGCAGGUCCUUUUCGUGGCCUCCGACCUGGGCCUGUUCGAGGCCCUGGCCCCAGGUCCUCUGGAUGCCACUGCAGUCGCCUGGGCCCUGGGUUUGAGUCCUCAUGGGACACGGCUGCUGCUGGAUGCUUGCACCGCCCUGGGUCUCGUGCAGGCUGGGGACGGCGGCGGCGGAGAAGACCCUGCCUUCUCCCUCACGCGGCUCUCGCGCCUGUUCCUGCUGGCGGGCAGCCCCCUGUCUCAGCGCUCGAUGCUGCGCUACCUGGCGGGGACGACAAUGCGUUGCUGGGGCGAGCUGGGAAGGGCUGUGCGGGAGGGGCGGAACCAGUACCCACGCGCGGUAGGCGUGGCCACGAGGGAGCCAUUUGAGGCCAUUUACAGGUCGGAAGCGGAGCGCCUGCUCUUCAUGCGUGCCCUGCAGGAGACGUGGAGCAUGUACGGGGAACGGGUGCUGGCGGCCUUUGACCUCUCAGAGUUCCGGGUUAUCUGCGAUGUUGGUGGUGGUUCCGGAUCCCUGGCCGCGGCCUGCGCCCGCCUCUACCCCACCAGCUCUGUCUCCGUGUUCGACACCCCUGAGGUCAUCGCUGCUGCCCGUGCCCACUUCCAGCAUCCACUGGGGGCCCCGCCCAUCCGCUUCCUGGGAGGUGACUUCUUCCAGUCCCACCUACCACAAGCCGACCUCUACAUCCUGGCCCGGGUCCUGCAUGACUGGACAGACGCAGACGCCGCCCGGCUGUUGGGGAGGAUCGGGCACGCGGGAGGGCAGGGCGCAGCACUGCUGCUGGUAGAGGCCGUGCUGGACCCAGGGGGUCAGGGCCCGGUGCACACAACGCUGCUGUCGUUGACGAUGCUGGUGCAGACAAACGGUCGCGAGCGCACAGAGGCUGAGUACCGGGCCAUGGCCGCCGCUGCUGGCUUCGUCCGCUGCUUCGACUGCCGCCAGACUGGGGGCAACCUCGAUGUCAUGCUGGCACGGAAAUAG